GCGCCGGUGGUGUCCGAGUACGCCAAGUGGGCUCUGGAUCGGGAGUCCAAGGACGCGCCCGACCGCGGCCCGGCGUCGGACAGCGACGCCGACGGGCCGUCCACGGGCACGGCGGGGACCGGCGAGGACGCGUCGACGCCGCAGGCGGAGAGGGACCUGGAGGACGCCAAGAGCGCGUACCUGGCUGCCUCCGCGAAGGCAAAGCAGGCCAGGGCGGACAAGCAGGAGCUGGACAAGAACGCGAAGCUCGACUUCGGGGACGAUUUCCGCUGGAUCUCGCUGGUCGGCGCCUGCCCCGAGAAGCCGCUCGGGGAGUACACCUACAAGGUGUGCUUCUUCGGCGAGGCGAGGCAGGACAGGACGCUGCUGGGCAGGUACGCCGGCUGGGACGCCUCCGACCCGAUGGUCAUGACCUUCGCGAAGGGCUCCUCGUGCCCCGGCGGCACCUCGAGGGCCCUGCGGGUGCGGCUGGAGUGCGCCGCGUCGCAGGAGCUCCUGUCCGUGACGGAGCCGGACCGGUGCAGCUACGAGGCUCGGCUGGGGCACCCCGCCGCGUGCACGCAGGAGGGCCUGGGGCUUCUGCAGGCUCCGGCCUCCGGGGUGUGCCGCGCCUGCUCCCGCCCGGAGAGGUCGGGGGGCACGGUCGUGGACGCAGGCCACGCGCCCAUGCGCGGGCUCAGGUGGGGACAGGAGACCGAGGGCGAGGGCGAGAGGGACGAGGGCGAGAGCCAGGAGGGUGCGCGCGGCAUCGCGGGGGCGGGGGGCCUGCUGGGCACCCCCCCCCGCCGUGCGCCGAGGGUCUGGCACGCGGCGAGCUUGCGCGGCGGCCGGGGCCGCGUCACGGCUCGGGCGCGCCUCUCCGGCACGGCAGAGGCGCCCCCAGCAGCAGAGGAGCAACAGGAACAACCAGACGUCGAGAUGGAGCAGGUGCUCGCCGCCGUACGCGCCGACCCCGCUGGGGCGCUGCCGCUGCUGCUGGCCGAGCGGGAGCGCGCCUCGCAGGGCUCCGACGCCGCGGGCGCCCGCGGCGCGGCGGCCAGGGCCGAGGUUGCCGUGCACCCCCACGCCCGGGCCCACGUCGUGUCCAUCACGGCCUCGGAGGAACUCCCUUUCGACACCAUCUGGCCGAUGGUGCGCGACGACAUCAUGGAAGCCGUGCGGGAGGUGUGCCGCCGUGGACACCAGAGACCCGAGGGUGCCAUCUGCGCGGACGUACUGCGGGGCGGCUCGGGUGCCAUCGCCGAGAGGCUGACGCUGGAGGAGGCGGAGACGCUCGCGGCGCGCCUGGGCCACGUAGUGCAGACCGUGGUCUCCGUCGACCCCGCCGCUGCUCAGGAGCCGCGCCGCGAGCGGGCGGCGCGCCCCGACGACGGCGGGGUGCGGCUGGGCAGCCGCGCGCAGUUUGCGGCCGAGAGUACCAUCUCGUCGCUAGACCUGCGCCUGCCUCCCUUGCGCCCGCUGACCUAA